GAGGGAGAGAGAGAGAGAGAGGGAGACGUUGAACAUCUCCUGAGUGUUUAAAAACUAACUCGGGACAAUAGCAGCGAAUGAGCGCUUAAUUAAAUUAAUUAGUCCUUCUUGUCAAUCUCGGAUUAAUGGCCAAUGGCUGUGGUGCUGCUUAAUGAUUUUUACUCUUCCCUCUCCUCUCGCUCUCCCUCCUACAUAUCAGUAAAGGAGUAGAGGAGGAGGAGGUGGCGGAGGAGGAGGGGGAUCAUCCCGGCAUCCUGAGGGGAGGUAAUUUGCACGGAUCAAGGGGGCAAGGAGGCGCCGCAAAGUAUAAAUACUGUGACUUCAAUCGAGGAUCAGCAGCAGGUUCCCAACUCCACACUGUAACCGAGGAGGAGGAGGAGGAGUUCAUGUGUGGCUUUAGACUGAAAUAUUGUUGUUUUCAAACCUUGUUCCAGAGUUGGCAGCAUCACCUGGUGCCUCGUUCUCCAUGGCUCGACUUUAAACCCCGCUGCACGGUUCAUGUCUUAGGCUGCCGGGGAGCGAAGGGAGUGUGAGAGCGAAGAGUGUGUGAUUUUGCCCAAGCAGUGAUGGAAGAGCUCACCGCUUUUGUGUCCAAGUCUUUCGACCAGAAAGUGAAGGAGAAGAAGGAGGUGAUAACCUACAGGGAGGUGUUGGAGACCGGAGCGGCACGAGCAGGGAGCAGGGAGUCUUCUUUAUCUGCGGAGCCGGGGAGCCGGGAGGAGGCGACAGGCGUCACCCGGACCGUGGCGCUCUCGCCGGGCAGAGAAACGGACAUGCUCGGCCCGGAGAGAAUCAGAGACGCGGGGAGCCCGAAGCUGAUCGACGGCACCACGGAUGUGAAGGAGAGGAAAGACGACUCCAAGCCCAUGGAGGACGAGGCACAGACCAAAAUCAAACAGAGGAGAAGUCGGACUAACUUUACGUUAGAGCAGCUCAACGAGCUGGAGCGACUCUUCGACGAGACCCACUACCCGGACGCUUUCAUGCGGGAGGAGCUGAGCCAGAGACUGGGACUGUCGGAGGCCCGAGUACAGGUUUGGUUCCAGAACAGAAGAGCCAAGUGCAGAAAACAGGAGAACCAGUUACAUAAAGGAGUCUUAAUUGGAGCAGCCAAUCAGUUUGAAGCUUGUCGUGUAGCGCCAUAUGUCAACGUGGGGGCGCUACGGAUGCCAUUCCAACAGGAUAGUCAUUGCAACAUGCCGCCCUUCUCCUUUCAGGUGCAGGCGCAGCUGCAGCUGGACAGCGCCGUUGCGCACGCGCAGCACCACCUGCACUCACACCUGGCGGCGCAUGCGCCCUAUAUGAUGUUUCCAGCGCCACCCUUCGGUCUGCCUCUGGCCACGCUGGCGGCCGAGUCCGCGUCCGCCGCCUCUGUGGUAGCCGCGGCUGCAGCAGCCAAGAACACCAGCAAGAACUCGAGCAUCGCGGACCUGAGACUGAAGGCCAAGAAGCACGCGGCCGCGCUGGGACUGUGACGUCAGACAGGAGCGCACACAAGGACGCGAGACAAGCUCUCGGGCGCGUCCCCGCGGCACAGACAGACAGACAGAGAGAGCGUAAUGGAGAGACGCUGAACACGAACACUUACAAAGUGGAGGAAAAAAUUAUCCAUGGACCAUAUUUAUGUUUCCUUUUUUUAAAAAAAAAAGAAAUAAAUGAAGGACCACGAUUAUAAUUAUAAAAAAUAUAGGCUAUUUAUGUGAUUAAGAAAUAAAAACAGAGACUGUGACGUGAUAGCCUUUACAGGUGAUUUUGAACGUCAAACAGUAGGAGGGUGAGGAUGAACCGCCCGUCUGAACUGGAAACAGGAGGAUGAGGAGGAGGGAGAAAAAGGAGGAGGAGAAGAAGAAGGAGGACACAGCUGGGACGCUCAAAACACUUUGCCAAACAAGGCGAACUCUUCUGCAGCUGUGUUGUUUUGUUUUCAUAUGAUUAUAUUAUUAUUAUUAUAAUUAUUAUCGUUCUUCUUCUCUCAUUUUGAACCAAUACAGAGGCUGGCCUCGUUUUAUUUCCUCAACACUUUCUCUGUGAAAGGACAGAGCGGGAAUUUCUUUAGAGACAAAAAGACACUAUUCCAAUUUUUUUUCCUGUUGUUGUUAAUUCCGUCUGUGUUUUUUUAAAGGUACACUGUGUAAAAUUUAGGUGUAAUUAUUUUUGUUUUGUUUUUUUACUUCCGGUUGCACGUUUUUAUUUUUCUGUUUUGCUGAUGCUGUUGUGAGUUUACUCUAACCUAAAAGUAUAAAUAGUGUCUUUAUUUCCCUUGAAUAAGCUCUUAUUAAUUGUAUAAUACUUUUGUCUUCUCUACAAAGGAAGCCAUGAUGGAUUGUUGUACUUUCACAUUGGGUUACAGUGAAAAUACGAAAUACAUUUUGUCUUUGAAUGACGCCUGGAGACUACCACGCGUUCUCCGCGAUGAAGUGAGCGACUUACAACGACAUGUAACUUGACCACUAGAUGCUGCUAAAUCCUACACAGUGUACCUUUAAUUCCAAAUGCCUCAGUGGUGUGAGCUAUUUCUCUUCUCUUCCUCUUCCCUCUCCUUUGUGAGGAAGGGCGACUCUCACUAAAAUUACAUAACGUCAUGUGUGAGGCUCAUGCAAAUAAGGAUGAUCUUCAUAACUGAGUAAUCUAAAGGUGGUGCUCUGGAUCAGUACUUUGAAUUAAUUGUUCCCUAUUACACGGGAGAUGGUGAAAUCGGAAUAAGAAUCUGUUAAACUCAAGAGUGAGACCUUAAUUUGUCCAAAAGGCUCAUCAAUCUACCCAAAUCAGAAUCAACUAGUCGAUUAUGAAUCCACUUGCAGCCCUACCCCUCUGAUGUAAAGGUGACGCACACACCAAAAAAUGUGAGAUAAAACUAUAGACCUGUCAGUGACUCGCCCCCUUAAAAAGGAGAGUGUGACGUCAUAUGCCCAACAACACAGUAAACAAACAAACUAUCCAACAAAAAGUCAGUGACACAAAGUGUGUACGCGCACCGGUACGGGCAGGUGUAAAAUAUGUUUAUACACAUGCAGAAACAUGCAUUAUUUUUAAAUGAUUUCGUGGCUUUAUGUGUGGGAAAGUGGUUCAUUUUGUAUUUUCCUUUAUUUCCGUGUAUUAAAAAAAAUCACGUGCUUUCUGUAUGGAAUUGUAUUAUUAUGAUUAUUGAUUUAUGUUUGUAUACGAUUGAGGGUGAAUCAGCGUUUAAGG